AACAAAUAACGUUUCCGGACUUUAACACAAGAAAACAAGGUUUUCUCUCUCAUCUCUCAUCUACUUCGACAUUUUCAUCAGAAAUUCCCAAAUUUUUUCAACAAUUUUCCUGAUAAUUCUCUUAAGAUCACAGCGAUUCUCCAAAUUUCGCUCACUUUUUUUCAAUUAUCUACUUCAAAUCAACAAGAAUCCUCAAUCUCAGGUUUCUACAAUGCCCCGACUUAUGCGUUCCAUAAGGAAGAAAAAGCUAAAACAAAUACAACUAGUUAUUUCAAUGGUUAUUAUUAUUUUGAUGAUGUAUUGGAUGUGGCAUAUGAUGUGUGUUGUUACAAUAAGGGGUGUUCAAUUAAAAGAAAGGAAAAGAAACAAAAAAUUGCUACGAAUGUUAGUUUUGAGAGGGCUUUAUAGAGAGAGUGAUGUGAAAUGCAAGAGUGAGCUCCGCGUUAAUAGAAGAACUUUCAAUAUUAUUUGUGAGAUGCUUAGAGACAUUGGGGGUUUAAGUGGAACAAAAAACAUGUCGCUUCAAGAGAUCGUAGCCAUGUUUUUAUACACGUUGGCUCACCAUAAGAAGAAUAGAUCUAUUGGACAAUAUUUCUUUAGAAGUGGAGAAACCGUGAGCCGGCAAUUUCACCUUUGUUUAAGGGCUUUUCUCAUGUUGCAUGAAGUACUACUUUACAAUCCCACGCCAAUAUCGGAUGAUUGUGAAGAUGAAAGGUGGAAAUCUUUCAAGAAUUGUUUAGGGGCAUUAGAUGGGACUUACAUUAAUGUAAAUGUGCCUUCACAAGAACGACCAAAGUAUAGAACAAGAAAAGAAACAAUUGCUAUGAAUGUAUUGGGUGUUUGUGCACCGAAUAUGCAAUUUAUUUAUGUUCUUCCUGGUUGGGAAGGUUCGGCCCAUGAUAUGCGUGUACUUCGCAAUGCUCUCUCUAGACCAAACGGUUUUAGGGUACCUCGAGGUAAUUAUUAUUUGGUUGAUGCGGGAUAUACGAAUUGUGAGGGCUUUCUUGAUCCAUAUAGAGGUCAAAGAUACCAUUUAAAAGAAUGGACGGAUCAACAACCCGAAAGUGCCGAGGAGUUCUAUAACAUGAAACAUGCUAGGGCGCGAAAUGUCAUUGAGAGAUGUUUUGGCCUGCUUAAAGGAAGAUGGAGUAUUCUUAGAAGUCCUUCAUUUUUUCCUAUUAUAACUCAUGGGCGUAUCGUGAUGGCUUGUUGCUUAUUGCAUAAUCUAAUUAGAAAAUUCAUGCCUACGGAUGAUAUAAACGAAGAUGAAUUGAAUGAAUCCGAUGAUGAUUCCGAAAGUGAUUCCGAUGAUGAAAGGGAAUUUAUUACAAGUGUUGCUACUUCGGAUCAUUGGACCAAUUUUAGAAAUAAAUUAGCCCAAGAUAUGUUUAAUGAUUGGAGGGCGAGAGGUAGACAUGGUCAAUAGCAAACAAUGAUGGAGAUUAGCAAUCGAGGAAGAGGUAAAAAUAAAAGGUAUUGGACGUAUGAAGAAUAUGCGGUUCUAAUAAGAUAUUUGCAUGAGUUGAGUUGCGAUCAAAAGUGGAAGUGUGAGAAUGGGUUUAAGAAUGGUUACAUGAAUAAAUUGGAAGAGAUGAUCAAUGGUGUACUUCCUAAUUGUGGCUUGAGAGCGGUUCCCCACAUUGAGUCGAGGAUCAAGCAUUGGUCGGAGAAAUAUAGUGCAUUUGCAGAAAUGCUAUCCACCUCAGGAUUUGGAUGGGAUGCUGAAAAGAAAUUGUUGCAAGUAGACAAGGCCGUGUACGAUGAAUGGGUGAAGACUCAUAAGAAAGCUAAGGGGUUGUAUGGAGUUCCAUUCGUUCAUUAUGAAACUCUAGCAGAAAUAUAUGCAAAAGACAAAGCUACCGGAGAUGUAAGUGAGUCAUUCGUUGAUGCCAUAGAAGGUAUUGAUCAAGAGAUUGAUAAGCAACCAUUGAUUGUCGAGAGUGAUGAAGAAGAUGAUGUGAAUUCUACUAAUUCGGACACUUAUUCUUCUACAAGUCAAUCCGGAAAACGCCCCGUGAAGAUAGAGGAUGAUCAUAUAACUCCUUCAAAAAUGGCAAAACGCUCUAUAAAGGCAAAGGAGGUUAAGGUGAAAGGAAAGAACAAGGUAAAUUUGAAGAGUUUGUGUAGGAAUGAUGAUGAUGAUUUUGUGGCCUCUCUCCAUGAUGUUUCCAACAAUUUUGGGAAGAUAUUUGAAAAUAUCAAUGUUAAUCUCGGGACUAUGGCUAGUGCAUGGUCUAAAGCGGAAGAAAGGGAGCAAAGGAUGGAUGAAAAGGUGAACAAGGUAUUGGAUGAGGUGAUGAAGUUAGAUGGAAUUUCUCCAUCCGAAGCUUUAGAGGUUGCUACUAUUCUCAUGGCGGAAGAACAUAAGCUUCGUAUCUUCUAUCAAGCACCAUUUAACAUGAAAAAACAAUAUGCAAUUGAUCUUCUUAAGAAGAAGUAGCAUUUGAUUGUUGUCAUGUCUUUGUUUUUUUGUUGAACAUUUGCAACUUGAGCAAUACAAGUUAUGUGUUGGGAUUAUUCAUAUAAUGAUGGACAUAUUAUUAGUCAAUGUUUGGAUAAUUAAUGAGUGCCAACUUUGCUUUGUAUAUAUAUAUAUAUAUUGUUUUUUUUAACCGUAAAAUAUGUAGCAUAGACAAUAUUUUUUAUCUAGGUUAUUUUUUUAUUUUUUUACCCGUAAAAUAUGAGCAUAGACAAUAUUGUAUUAUUCA